UUGUGCGUUGAUACAUUCUAGUAGUAUUUAUCCAUAAUGAAUAUAUCAUUAAACAAAUUGAAGUUAAGCUCCACUUUUUUAACGCACGUUUUGAAUUGAAAGAAAGAAAAGAAAAAAAGACAAAUAUUUAGGAUCAACGUUAAGAAAACGAAAGUUAUAUUUUGAAGUCGUUGCUGAAAGGUUGUUAGAGUUAUUAGACGAAUAGACAUUGAACCUUAAACAGGUCAAGUGGCGGGAAUUUAAAUAAAUUCAAAAACAAACAAAACGGUUAUAAAAAAAUACUAAAACAGUGUAAAUUAAAUUGUGAUAUUGCAUAUUUUAUAUAAUAAUAAGAAAAACUAAAUUAAAAUAAAAUUAAGUGAAUAAAUUUAUAAACAUGACUGAUCAUUUAGAAAUCUCAACACUACACAAUGAAACCCUUCCACCAAACAAUGCCCAUUUAGUACAACGUAUCACUACAAAUGCCGACGGCACAGCAAAUGAUCUGCGUACCAACUAUGAGUCCGAUAAUGAGAGUGAUAAAACCGUUCUAUUAGAAUUAGGUGUCAGUACGAAUGUUGCCACCACAAUGAGUGUUCCCACCUCAGUGACCUACAGCAGUGAUUAUCCUUUGGAUAUACAUUUAAAUAAUGUUUGUGGCAUAAGUGUUGCAACACACACUCACCCGUACAAUACAGAUCCUACUCUGCUUUACAGUAAUCCCUAUAAUGACGGCAUAUCAUCAGUGAAUACACAUCAAACUCUGCUAUAUCCUGCGCAUCAGUCCAGUAAUUCCACAUCACUUAUUUCAUUAAAUAAUGUACCUUAUUCCGCUCAUAUACCACAAACGGUACAAACUUGGCCAACACCGAAGCCGGUGACGAGCAUAACGUCCUCAGAAAUCAAUAACAAAUUGUCAACCCAAAUUGUACCACCACCGGUUUAUAUGUCGUAUCCGGAUGUUCGAGAACAUUCGAUUAUUAAGGAAACAAAUCCAUCUUGGAAGGUUAAAGCUUUACAAAGUGAAAAAGGUAUGUUAAUAGAAUAGGAUGGGAUCUCAUUAACUAAAGACCGUUAAGAGUAAGAUGUAUAUUCCGAACAACACAACUUGUAC